AUGGCCAUUCCAGAGCUACAGUGGGCCCAGGUCAAUGAGGGUGGAAGGCUCCAUUUCAAGCAGAUUCCGGUUCCCAAACCAGGCAAAGGAGAGGUGCUGGUAAACAUCCUCUACAGCGGUGUCUGUCACACAGAUUUUCACGCUCUCAAUGGCGAUUGGCCUUUUCCCCCAAAUGACCCGUUGAUUGGAGGCCACGAGGGUGCUGGCGUUGUUGUGAGCAAAGGCGAGUUAACAGAAGGUAUCGAGAUUGGAGACAAAGUGGGUGUCAAGUGGAUCAACAACAUAUGCUUGAAGGAAACGACAUACUGUGUCCCACGGCGAAAUUCUCUGGCUAUACCACGAACGGGACAUUCCAGCGUCGGUGCAAGCUCUGUUCUUUCAGACCCUUCUUUGGCUAAUAGAAUGGGAACAGAAUACUGUCUCGCCCAAGCUGCCACAGUCGCCAGGAUUCCAGAUGGGUGUAACAUGGCCGCAGUCGCGCCCAUCCUCUGCGCCGGAAUCACGGUUUACAAAGGCCUGAAGACAUCCGAAUGCAAGCCCGGCCAGACUGUUGCUAUUGUGGGUGCAGGUGGCGGACUCGGUAGCUUGGCUCAACAAUACGCAAAGGCGAUGGGCCUCAGGGUCAUCGCCAUUGACGGAGGAGAGGAAAAGGGAAAGAUGUCGCUUGAGGAGUUGGGUGCCGAUACCUACAUCGACUUCCUGAAGAGCAAAGACAUAGUGAAUGACGUCAAGAAAGCCACUGCGGACGGACUUGGCCCUCACGGUGUUAUCCUAGUAUCAACUAGUCCAAAGCCGUUCGAGCAGGCAUCUGAAUAUGUUCGCCCAAACGGAACCGUCGUCCCAAUUGGUCUACCGCCGGACGCCAAUAUUAAGGCUUCUGUAUUUUGGGGCGUCUUGAAGAUGUUGCGAAUUAAGUGCUCAUAUGUGGGCACACGCCGUGACACAGCAGAAGCUCUCGAUUUCUUCGCACGUGGGUUGAUCAAGGCUCCAUAUAAGCUUAUUGGACUCGGCCAGCUUCAGGAGGUCUACGCCUUGAUGGAAAAGGGCCAGGUUCUAGGCCGAUAUGUUUUGGACAUGUCAAAGUAA